UUUUAAACCAUCCGGUAACCCGAGGAGCCAGAGAACCUGAGGGCUGAUGCCUGGCUCGCAGCACGUCCUCUGCCACAGGCCUGCCUCCUGCGUGUCCAGGCCAGCCGGGAGCCGGGGGGUCCGGACUCCUGGGUCCCAUUACGUUAUUGAAACAUCCCCUCUCCGCCUCUUCCCGCAGUACAUCCAGGCAGAGCCUCCCACCAACAAGUCCCUCUCCAGCCUGGUGGUGCAGCUGCUGCAGUUCCAGGAGGAGGUUUUCGGCAAACAUGUCAGCAACGCGCCGCUCACCAAGCUGCCGAUCAAGUGCUUCUUGGACUUCAAGGCGGGAGGGUCCUUGUGCCACAUCCUCGCCGCAGCCUAUAAAUUCAAGAGCGACCAAGGAUGGCGGCGUUUCGAUUUCCAGAACCCUUCGCGGAUGGAUCGCAACGUGGAGAUGUUCAUGACCAUCGAGAAAUCCUUGGUGCAGAACAACUGCCUGGCCCGGCCUAACAUCUUCCUGCAUCAGGAGCUCGAACCCAAGCUACUGGGCAAGCUGAAGGACAUCAUCAAGCGGCACCAGGGCACGGUCACUGAGGACAGAAACAACGCUUCCCACGUCGUCUUCCCCGUCCCCGGCAACCUGGAGGAGGAGGAGUGGGUUCGGCCCAUCAUGAAGAGAGACAAGCAAGUCCUCCUGCACUGGGGCUACUUCCCAGACAGUUACGACACCUGGAUCCCAGCGAGUGAAAUUGAAGCUGCGGUCGAGGAUGCGCCCACCCCGGAGAAGCCCCGGAAGGUCCAUGCCAAGUGGAUCCUCGACACGGACACCUUCAACGAGUGGAUGAACGAGGAGGACUACGAGGUGAACGACGAGAAGAGCCCUGUCUCCCGCAGGAAGAAAAUCUCCGCCAAGACGCUUACUGAUGAAGUGAACAGCCCCGACUCGGAUCGGCGGGACAAGAAGGGGGGGAACUACAAGAAAAGGAAGCGCUCCCCAUCCCCCACCCCGGAGGCCAAGAAGAAGAACGCCAAGAAAGGCCCGUCGACCCCCUACACCAAGUCCAAGCGCGGGCACCGCGAGGAGGAGCAAGAGGACCUGACGAAGGACAUGGACGAGCCCUCCCCUGUCCCCAACGUGGAGGAGGUCACGCUGCCCAAAACAGUGAACACCAAGAAGGACUCGGAAUCUGCGCCCGUGAAAGGGGGCACCAUGACCGACCUGGACGAGCAGGAGGACGAGAGCAUGGAGACGGCCGGCAAGGAUGAGGAGGAGAACAGCGCGGGGAACAAAGGGGAGCAGGCCAAGAACCCAGACCUGCACGAGGACAACGUGACGGAGCAGACUCACCACAUCAUCAUCCCCAGCUACGCCGCCUGGUUCGACUACAACAGUGUCCACGCCAUCGAGCGCCGAGCCCUGCCCGAGUUCUUCAACGGCAAGAACAAGUCCAAGACCCCCGAAAUAUACCUGGCUUAUCGCAACUUCAUGAUCGACACCUACCGGCUCAACCCCCAGGAGUACCUGACCUCGACGGCCUGCCGCAGGAACCUGGCCGGGGACGUCUGUGCCAUCAUGCGGGUCCACGCCUUCCUGGAGCAGUGGGGGCUGAUCAACUAUCAGGUGGACGCGGAGAGCCGGCCGACCCCGAUGGGCCCCCCUCCAACGUCACACUUCCACGUCCUGGCCGACACCCCCUCGGGGCUGGUGCCGCUGCAGCCCAAGACGCCCCAGAUUUGGUCUUGCUGUGCCCUGCUCUGGUCCGUGGCUGGCCACCCGCACAGCGACACGAAGGCCGGCCGCAAGAGCAAAGAAAUUGAAGACCUGGUCCCGGAGGCGGUGAAAGGGAAGCCUGAGCUGCAGACCUCGGCCUCUCAGCAGAUGCUCAGCUUCCCCGACAAGGGCAAGGAGAAGCCGACGGACCUGCAGAACUUCGGCCUGCGCACGGACAUGUACGCCAAGAAGAACAUCCCCUGCAAGAGCAAAGCCGCCGCCAGCGCCACCCGGGAGUGGACGGAGCAGGAAACGCUGCUGCUGCUGGAGGCCCUGGAGAUGUACAAGGACGACUGGAACAAGGUGUCGGAGCACGUGGGCAGCCGCACCCAGGACGAGUGCAUCCUGCACUUCCUGCGUCUGCCCAUCGAGGACCCCUACCUGGAGGACUCGGAGGCGUCGCUCGGGCCCCUGGCCUACCAGCCUAUCCCCUUCAGCCAGUCGGGCAACCCCGUCAUGAGCACCGUGGCCUUCCUGGCUUCCGUCGUGGACCCCCGCGUGGCCUCCGCGGCCGCCAAGUCGGCUCUCGAGGAGUUCUCCAAGAUGAAGGAGGAGGUGCCCACGGCGCUGGUAGAAGCUCACGUCCGCAAGGUGGAGGAGGCGGCCAAGGUGACGGGCAAAGCCGACCCGGCCUUCGGGCUGGAGAGCAGCGGGAUCGCGGGGACCGCGUCCGACGAGCCGGAGAGAAUAGAGGAGAGCGGCGCUGACGAGACGCGGGCCGAAUCUCAGCCUGCGGAGGAGAAGAAGGAGCUGAAGGAGCCCCGAGAAGGCGCCAUGGAGGAGGAUGUGAAGGAGAAGCUGGGCGAGGCGCCCAAGAAGGAGGAGGAGAAAGGCAAAGAGGGCGACAGCGAGAAGGAGUCGGAGAAGGGCGACGGGGACGGCAUGGGAAAGCAGCCAGGCUGCCCCUGCCAGGGGACUCCCUGUCCCUGUCUGGGUCGCGCCCCCUGCCCGGGUGGAGGUCCUGAGCUGUCAGUACCAGCCCCUAACUCCAGCUCCCCCCACUCUGAGCAGCACCUGGCGGCGGUGGAGGAGCGCAAGAUCAAGUCCCUGGUGGCCCUGCUGGUGGAGACCCAGAUGAAGAAGCUGGAGAUCAAGCUGCGGCACUUUGAGGAGCUGGAGACCAUCAUGGACCGGGAGCGCGAGGCAGUGAGUGCGGCCGGGGGCGCGGCGCUCGCUCUAAGCAGCCCCCCCAUGAGAUGCAGCCACCUCUGGGGUGGGACGCGGCAGCUGGUUAGCCAGACACCAGCAGUGGGUCCUGACGCAUUCGGGGGGGAAGGGAAGAAGGAAGCUGCCAUCAAGGGGCAUUGAGGCUCGGGGGAGGGA